CUUGGAUUUCUCCAUUAUCUACAGUGUUCAACAUCUCAUCUCUUCUUCCUCUAUUGGGGUAGACUUACAGUUUUGCUAAGUUCGGUUUCUAGAUUAAUACCAGUCCAAAUACUUAAACCAUAUCCCAAACCCAAAAAAAAUCAGAUUUACAUUUAAGCAAACAGUUUGGUUUAGUGCAAUCUUUAUCUUUACUUUCACUUCUCAUCUAUAUUCUUCUUGAAGCAAACAUUUCGAAGUCAUGGAUGUAAUAUCUACUUCAGCUACUAUAGUAUCCGACUUGGAUUCGCGGCAACCCGUUACCGAAGCUCCGACCCGGAUCCAGCCCGCGAAGCCUAUUUCUUUUUCCAACGGGAAACGUAACCACGACCACCAACAUCAUGCGUCUCAAGUGGUUGUUACUUAUAAAGAGUGUCUGAAGAACCACGCAGCUGGAAUCGGUGGUCACGCUCUAGACGGUUGCGGCGAGUUUAUACCGUCUCCGUCGUUUAACUCCAGCGACCCCACUUCACUGACAUGCGACGCUUGUGGUUGCCACCGUAACUUCCACCGCCGCGAAGACGAUCUAUCUAAUGUCUCAGCUGUGGUCCCGAGGAUCGAGUAUCGCCCUCAGAAUCGUCACCAGCUUCCUCCGCCGCCGCUGCCUUCGGUGGGAGCUGGUAGCCAAGAGGACGAUGAUCCUGCCUCUCCUCCGCCGAUCUCGUCCUCUUAUAUGCUUCUUGCACUCUCAGGAGGAGCCACGGCGGUUCCAGUGUCGAGGAAGCGUUUCAGGACGAAGUUUAGUGAGUUUCAGAAGGGGAAGAUGUUCGAGUUCGCGGAGAGAGUCGGGUGGAGGAUGCCGAAACCGGAUGACGUGGACGUGGACGUGGUGGAGUUUUGUCGGGAGAUUGGAGUUGAGAAAAAUGUUUUCAAAGUGUGGAUGCAUAACAACAAGAUUCCAGGACGCGGUGGAGCUAGAAGAGCUAACGGAGACGGAGGAGGAGGAGACGGUCGCGAGAGUGUUCCGACAAACGGCAACGUGUCGUUUUCUUCAACGUGAAGUAAGAUAAAAUGGCAACAUCUUCGUUUGUUUGGUAGCUAGUUCUUUUGGUUGCAUCUUUGUUUGUUUUUGCUUUUCGUUUGUUUUAUUUUUAGUCAACGGGUCAGAUCUGUCUUCUGUUCACUUGAAAAUGUCUUUGUGUUUUUUCUUAAUAGUUUACUAUUGUUAGAGAGGUGUAGCUUUCGACCGAAUACGAGAAAAAUAAAAAGAUUAACCUCUAGAAUU